GUUAGUGCACCGCGUAGAGCGGCCAACGACGUCCGUCUAGGAGCAUAGUGGAACCUCCGGAGGAACGGAGGACGACACCGCUGUGGUACCAGCCGCUGUACCUGCACUACUGCGGAGCAGGCCGGAUCUGCGGCGACAGGCUGGUCGCACCGGUGUCUCCGGAGGACCGCCACAGGUGGACGAGGGGACUGAAGAUAGCAGGACACGGUCCGCGGGCGAGGCUGCGUCCGCUCGGUCUCUUGUUCGCGAAGUGCGUGUGCACAACACGAAAUUGUGGGGAUCCCGCACACUCCGACGUACGUACGUCGUCGACUGGGGGCCUCUCUACAGAGUGGACGACGGGGUCCGUCCUGUAGUGCUGUACGCGUGAAACGCCGGAGGCGGCAGUAUGGUGCUCGUGGUCGGUGCUGUGGACAGUUCGGUGCGCCUGUCGGCGACGAGUGGCGGCGUCCACGCGUCCGACGCGUUCGGAUGGUGCUCCUCCUCGUCGCGCCGGCCGCUCGUGAUGACCGAGUCGUCCUUGGGUGCCUUGCUGGCGGCGCCCACGCCGCCCCUGCUGCGUCGCAUCCUGCUGCGGUCCCACGGUGACGCGGCCAUGGGGUCGUCGUCUUCCGACGGCGUCGGGGCCCGCACCAUGAGCGGCAGCGGUGGCGACGCGGACUCCGCCGCCCCCAACGGCAACGCCGGGGGCGGCGCCCCCCCACCCCUGACAUUGCCGUCCGCCAUGACGUCGUCGACGAGUUCCAACGCAGCGGGCGGCUCGCUGCGACCCCCGAGCAAGCUUCGCCGUCCCACCACGCUCACCAGCUCGGCGGCGGCGGCGGCUGGCGGGACGGCGACCACGGGUCCGUCCCCUCUGAGCAGCGGCGGGUCGGGCGCCAGGACCCCGCUGUCGGCGGCCUCUUCCAUGUCCGCCCUCAACGAUAAGUCCGAGACGGGCGGCCCGUUCAACCACGGCUCGGCGGACGACUUCAUCGUGGGCGACCGCGUGUGGGUGAACGGCACCCGUCCGGGCUACAUCCAGUUCCUGGGCGAGACCCAGUUCGCCACGGGCGACUGGGCGGGCGUGGUACUGGACGAGCCCGUGGGCAAGAACGACGGCUCGGUCAACGGCGUGCGCUACUUCCAGUGCGAGGCCCGGCGCGGGGUGUUCGCCCGCCCCGAGCGCCUGUCGCGCUUCCCGGGACCCGGCGCCAACGGCACCAACACCACCGCCACGCUCGUGGGGCCCGGAAAGACGCAGGUGACCACCACGAGAGUGAGCUCCCCUACAGGAAGCACUCGGUCUUCGCCGCGGGCGGUCACCAUGCACACGUCGACCACGAUGACCGACUGUGGGCUGCGGGUUGGCGACCGUGUCAUAGUGAACGCCUCCUCAGGCAUGAAGGCUGGCACCCUGCGCUUCAUUGGACCCACUGAGUUCGCCACAGGACAGUGGGCUGGUGUGGAGCUGGAUGACCCUGUCGGCAAGAACGAUGGCUCCGUUGCUGGAAAGAAGUACUUCAGAUGCCUGCCGCGGCAUGGCCUCUUUGCGCCCUUGCACAAGGUGGCCCGCGAGGGGGGCCACACCUCGACGACCACGACAACGACCACGCGCACAACGCGCAUCACCUCGCAGCCGCGGCGUGCAGGUAGCCAAGAAUCGCUGCGCAGCUCCCUGAGCUCGGCCUCCGCCAGAGCCGGGGUAAGGCUGGGCGUCGCUGCACUAACCUCCCCUGCCAAGAAGUCUACUAAGCCGCUCACCUCACCCAUGGUAGCGUCACAGAACUCCCUACAGGUGGCUCUGAAAGAGAAGGAAGAACAUGUGGAGCAACUGCUUAAGGAGCGUGACCUCGAAAGGGCAGAGGUUGCCAGGGCCGCUGUGCAAGUUGAAGAGACAGAGCAGCAGCUGGCAGCGCUCCGCACGGAACACCAGUGCUAUGCCGAGGAGAUGGAGCAGCGAGCUGCGUCUUUCCACCAGCUCUUGGAGGAGCAUGAGCAGGAGCGAGCACGGCUCAUGGCGCUGAACUCGGACCUCCAAAGGAAAGUGGAAGACCUGCAGUUCCGUUUGGAGGAACAGGAAAUUUUGCAUUCGGACAAUGAUACUGCAACUACUGUGCAAGCGGAGAAAAUUGCCAGACUUGAAAAGCAGCUUCAGGAGUACAAAGACCAGCUGGAAGCGGCCAAACUGCAGAGCAGUGCCCAGGAUGAUGGCAUGCGAGAGCUCAUGGUGCAGUACAAAAGUGAGGUGCAGAACUUGAAGGAAGCCCUGAGCCAAGCCGAAGCCAAACUGUCCACAUUUGAAGCUAAGCAGGUUGAAGACGGAAGUACAAUAAGCAAGCUGCGGGAAGACCUCAUAUCAAGGGACGAGGCACUGCUCCGACUGGAGGCCUCCCUGGAGCUGAAGUCCAAGGAACUGCUCGGUCUCAGGGACAGGGCAGUCGAGCUUGAGGAGAACCUGCAGGCUUUGAAGGAAAGGGAUGAAAGCCAGCAGCAAGUCAUUGAAGAUCUGAACAGCAGGCUAGCAAAGGUGCAGACAGACUACGACUUCCUGAGCGAAGAGUCCCAGAUCAUCAAAAGUGAUGCUGCAGACCAGCAGCGGCUGCUCUCCUCGCUGGAGGAGCAGUGCAAGCAGCUGCAGACCCAGAAGCGGGCCCUGGAGGAAGAGCUGGGCACGGUCAGGUUGGCCGCCAGUGGAGGCUCCAGCCAGGUCGAAGAGCUCAACAGCCGACUGCAGGAGAAGGAGAGGCUGGUGGAAAGCCUUGAGGCCCAGGUGCGCACCCUGUCCCAAGAAGGCGACAAGGCCCGGCAAGAGGUGGCCCAGCUCACUGAGAGGCAUCAAUCUGCGGCCGAGCGCACCACUGCGGAGCACGCCCGCGAGAUUGCCUCGCUGCAGCAGAGGCUGGCUGACCUGGAGGGCAAGCUGGAGGAGCGCGUGCAGCGGUGCCGAACUCUGGAACAGUCCAACAAUGAAGCUCAAGUGGAACUGGAGAGCCAGCUGCGGUCAUGGCAGGACAAGCUGGCUGCUGCGGAGCAACAGGCCCAGAGGCUUGCCCAGGAGCUCGAACAGACUCGAGAACUGCUGGCCGAGGAGCGGCGUCUGCGUGACAUCCAGAGCCAGGACCUGGGUUCGGAGGCUUCUGAGCGUGAGCGCCAGCUGGUGGUUGCCAGGGCAGAGAUGGAACGCCUCAAGGCCGAGUUUGACGCUCACCGGGAAGACUUGGCACGCCAAAUCACCGAGACCAGAGAGAAGGAAGCCCGCGCCGUUGAAGAACUUCGCCAGGAAAUGGAGAGCCAGAUAACCGGUGUCAACGAAUUGCGGCAACUCCUGUCUAAGGCGGAAGAAGACAGGCGGACCCUCGCGGAACGCAACACUCAGCUUGAGGAGCAGCUCACACAGGCCAAUGCCGCACAUCAGAACGCUGAUGAUGGCAGCGCAGCAGAGAUCAAGGCCCUCAAGAGCCAGCUUGAGAACCUGCAAAACAGCGUGCAACCCCUCUGGAAUGCCAUCUGGGCCCUUGUUGCCUUUUCGCUCUUCUGCGUCGCCUACAUCAUGCGCUGAGUGCACACUUAAGCCACGCAGUGCUGCCUUGCCCGAAACCACGCGCUGUUGCAUUCGUUGGCGACCAGCAGGCCUCUGUUAAUAUCUUCUCUGACAGACAUUGUGCAAAAUCUUGCAAGACAGGCUUUCUCUACAAGGACCUCAGCAAGAUGGGGGACAUUGCUUGAAAAAUGCUGCAACGCAAUGGAAUUGAGGAUGAUAGCGUAGCAUACACUCAUGCCCUCCCAGCCUUGCCCUUGCUUAGAGCAGUGCCUCUCAAAGCGAGGCUUACAGAACACCAUGCGUCCACAAGAGAGUUUAACAAGUGUAUGCAAGCAUCACUGCAGAAGCAGAACUGCAAGUGCAGUGGUGUACACAGAAGAAUUGCAAGUACAAUGGCUUCCACUGUUAAAGGGAACACUCUAAUGUGCGGCUCUCAAUUCGCUGGUACUUUUAUAUGCAAGUGCUGGUGGCUGAAGCUGUGUCAAUGCACUGCACAGUUGUGUAGAAAAUUUUCAGUGCCACCAACCGCAAGUCAUCUGCUGUAAAGCCAGGCAAUUGUACACUUGCUGCAGGGAAGGAUUAGUGUAUGCCGUAUGCACACGUGUUUCCUUCAACAGCGGAUUGUGCUGUACGUACUUGCAAUGCCCCACGAACUAGCCCAAUAAAAUGUGUUAAAAGUGCAACUUCUAUGGAGAAUCACAUCAGCCUCUUUGUGUGAUGUAGUGUUCUGCAAAUUAAUCUAAAUCAAACGCAAAGUAUAAAAACAUGUUGAUGUCGACACUUACCUGGGACAUUGAGGGUCCAUGCGGGAACUGGGCCUUAGCACUCUUAUUUGUGCAUAGGCUGCGCUGUUUCCGCUGCAAACAUACCAUCCUUCAGUUUCCUUGGCAAUAGCUCAGUAUUAUCUUUUUCUGCAUGUUUCCACUUGAAACAGGCAAAGAUGCUUGCUAGGGCGCUAAAUGGUGAUUGGUUCAAAGGUUCCAUGAUGGCCGGAAGUAUUAGAAUUACUGGUUUUAAGAAAGGGCACUACCCCCUUGCUGAUGGCAUUCUAUCUGUGUGGAGAACAGUACUUGUAAGAUCUUGUACUUUGUCUGUCGAUGCUGCUUUGUUUACAUUCUCUAGACAUUGCUUCCCCCAAGCAAUGCCUUGCAUGGAAGCUGCACUGUUAUUUCGUUGAUACUGCAAUUAUUUGGUGAACCCUCUAGGCGACCGGUGAACGAAUGCAAAGUGUUGAUGGUGGCUGUGAUUACUUUAGAGCAGUCACGGAUGCGCCCUUCCCCUUUGGCCCCUUCAAUGUUGCAGUGCUUGGUGCAUAAUAUUGUUAUGCCUGUUUUGUUGUCAUGUUACGUGUCACUUUACUAUGAUUUCAGGCAUGUUUACAUGUUGAUUAGCAGGGGGCUUCUCUUAUUUGCCAGCUGUUGAUCAAUUCAAGUAUUUAUCAUCCUCUGACCCCUUCUUUGUUUGGAUGUUCACAUAGUGCUUCAUGAUUUGCCUUGCUUUAGGUCAACAUGUGCUGCUGUUACAGUAGUUUAGUAGUUUGAGAGCUUGUUUUCUAUCAUAGAUGACACUCGUGAAGCAACGAAAUCCUGCUUGCUGCAUGUGUAGCAAGCUUAUGUGGAUCCCAGCAGCUACUUAGGCUGCGUUCCAAUACUUGGCAUAGACGGCUAAGCAGACAAUGGCUAUCUUAAGUCUCAUUCUAAUUCUGACGAAGCUGGCAAAAGAGAUAGCUUCACAAUAUCAGCAUCGAAGUCAAAAACAAUGCAGGCUUCUUUGCUGUCGAAACAAGAUGGCGGCUGAGCAGGAUGCUUGGAAACUAGUCAGUAAGGUCGUCUGCACACAAGAAAGUGUAGUUGCGCUUUUCUGUACGCUUAAUGUAAGCUACAUUGUGUUUGUAAUGGGUUCACACACACAAAGGGAUAAUGUGGGGUCUGUUUAGCUUUUUCUUUUUGUGGACGGGGGGUGGCGUCCAAGUCGCAGUGACGUCUUCCAAGUGCGUUUGAUUGCAUGAGCUUGGAGCUGUCUUCUGAGCAGUCAGAAUAGACUGUCUUCAAUGUUGACCAGAAUUGGAACAUAACCUAAGUGUCCAAAAUGUUGAAGCUAGGAGCAUAUUUGGGGGGAUGUUCAGGCUGUAAAGGAUGUCCGUGAGAUUUUGGGAUUUUCAUAGUUCCUAAGUUAUGAUGCUUUAUCUUGCAAGGGGUUGUGAUGACGUCGUAUGUUCUGACGUGUGCGGAUUUUGUGCGGUUUCAUGCAUUUCCAGUGCUGAGAAAGUUUGUAGUGCUACUGUGUUCCUCUCCUAGUUCUUGCUAGCUGCCUGUGCAUGACAAGUUGACAAUAGUGUUCCAUAGAAGCCAGAAGUAGAACAAGUAUGCUUUAUUUUCAAAUACUUUAGUCCCGGCUCACGUGCCUCCGGGAAUAAGCAUGGAAGAUUAAUAUGUGGACUCAUAUGUACUAUGUGUGAAAUAUGUGAAAUGGUAGCUGAAAAGCUAUACUAGAAAGCUUGAAAAUGCGGCUGAGAAAAUUGGGUCAUACAGAAAAAUAGAAUUGAUGAAAGGAACUACUAUGCGAAGACUACCUUGAACUAAACUUUAAAUUACAAUCGUGAUUGACAAGUUGGUUCACAAAAUCAUAGCUCAUGUUUACAUUGGCUGAUGCACAAUAGCUGAACUAUGUUAUUUCAACAAAUACGCAGUGAUUAAAAUUACAUUAGGGUGGACAAAGGCAAACAAGAAAGGAUGCAGUGCGAGAUAAAAACAGUCUAACUUUCAUAUUUGGAACUAUGUACCAGAAGCAGCAAAGCAGUGCAUUUUUUUUUUAAAUGAAACAACACGCUGUUUUUGCUGCUUUGCAGCUGUUCAAUAACUAAUGUGACUGGUUAAGCUAAGUGCCAGGCAACACUUGGCCUAUUGUUCAAUGACUCAUGUUCACUGAUAGCUCAUGCAGUAUGCUGAAUUUUGCUGGGUAUGUGUUUAAACGGACACUAAAGAGAAAUAUAAUUUUUCUAGUAAAUUACCCUUCCACAGCAUCAAGAAAGCCACUCAUAUCAUGAGAAGAAGCUUGGUAAACAAGAAAAGAUGCAAAGUGAUAGACGGGUGGCGACUCGGCCUUAAAAUUUCCUGCACCAACUUGCUACGAUGUCAUGAAUUUUGAUGGUCUCUGCUUGGGCCUAGUGGAACUUUUAUCGGUAAAGACGGAAUGCAUUGUAUUCUAAAAAAGGCCUAAGACUGAGCUAAGCAAGUUAAAAAAAAAUUUGGCCAAGACACGAGGGCCUCAAACACAGCAAAAAAAAAAAAAAAAAUACAGUACUUUUCAAUCCAUGAUGUCAUACUGAUGCACUGUUGCUCUAGCUUCUGCGUAAAAUUAGAGAAAUCAAGCUUUGACCUUCAUUUUCUGUUCUAAUAAUCAACAUAUUACCUUGAAAUGAAUGAAAAUAGUGUUUUGAAGCAUUACUUUAUUAGUCUAAACUGAUUUAGUGUUUCUCAUUAGUGUCCGUUUAAAGGGAAUCGACACUUCAAUGCAAGGUAUGUUGAAAAUGUCAGCUGAGUCCUCUACAAGUCAGUUGUGCAUUUCACGUGAUCAUUUUUUUGCUCACUAUUAUUGUAUGUAGCCUUGGGCUGAGCCGCUCAUGAGCUGGUGGGAGGCCGUAAGGAACAAGCGCUUGAAUCAUGCAUAUCACAUGCUAACGCAUCAGACGAGGGAGAACUUAAUGUUGGUCAUUAUAUACAAUCGUUCCCAGUUGGCAUCCUGCGAGGCUGUGCUUUUGCUUUUCACUUGUGUGGCUGGGAACUGUAUUUCAUCACUCUAACCAACCAAGCUUGUUUAUCUAAAUGUGCAGCAAUGUCUCAUAAUGACAUUGCCAUGUUGCUGGGCAUCUUAAUUAGUGCAGCACAUGCAAGGCAGUAAUUGGCAUCUAUUUGUGAUUGCCCUGCAGAUGUUGAACAAACAUUUUUUGUACACAGGGGCAGCUUUCAGUUGAGAGUUUGUGGCACACUGAUCUGUUGUUAGACAACCAUGCAUGGUCAGAAUCCAGCUGUACUGAUUUAAAAGCUCAAGACCGGUAUGCCAUGAAAUUAUAACCGGCCAAAAUAGUUUAAGAAGUUUCAGUCCCUUACUGUUUUGGUACAGUCGCACUACCAGUUUGGUGAACUAGGAGGCUGACAGGCCAUGCUGGCCCCAAGUCAGACUGACAGCUCGGAAAACCAGAUUAGCCUUGGGCGAAUUGGCAUACGGGAAACCUCUCAGGUGGAGUUCCGAGUUGUCAGACAAUUUGACUGUGGGUUUCUUGCUUGUUGCAUUCUGUCGACCUCUUUGUUGACCAAACAUUUACUAACAGUUUAUUGCCACUGCGCCAAUAUUGCAUUGUAAGUCGAACACAAGAUAUUCAGUUAGUGAACACAAUGAACAUCUGUUUGUUGUUUGGACUGUUCACACUUACUGCCAACAGUAAGAGAAUUGUUCUCCCACAAUAUCUCAUUCCAAUAUGUCUUCUGUCAUUGCAGACAUUGCAUUUGAAUGGUCGAUACUCACAAUAAAUGACUUGUGUUAGAGGCUAAUAAUUUCAUUUAGCACUGGCAGUUGAUUGUCAUUAGCAUGUAUUGGCUCUCAUUUUCUAUGAGCAUGCCUUAGUUCUAGUGCAAUCUGUGGGGGCCUGUUAUAUAACAAGUACACAUGCGGAACCAGCCUCUCUGUGUUUUGGAAGACACCAUCUGUUUUUACAGCUUUGCACGUCUCUUUCCCUCUUUUGAGUAAAAGUUUUUAGUUGGGUUUAAAGUUGUACUAGCGCUAAACUUCCGUUUAACAACAUGCUAGUCCAAUGCCAAUUACUGCCUUGCAUAUAUCCCGAUUUUUCUCCAUCUGAGAGGUUUCCCUUCAUCCAGUUCGCCUUAAUGCUGCAUUUUUUUUUAUGCAUGCCCCAGCCAAACUUUGUUUUUGUCUUCUGCUAACGCUUUCCUUCUAGGCUUACCAUAUCCAUCUGUACUUCUAUCAGUACUUGCUGCCUGAAGUGGUCACUAACUAUGAGCUGUUGUCUGUUGUUAACUUACAAUUUAAAAAUUUUUUUCUUGAUAUUGUCAGGAUUUUAUAACUGUGUCACAAAGCGUACUACAGGGAUUGUGGCAUUUUGUGUUCAUGAUGGAAAUCCAUGCAUACGAAUCGAGAGUUACGCAUGUGCUUCCGAGGUGAAUGGGACUUCCAAUGCAUGCAGUUCAACCCACUGUGUUCAUAUGCUCAUGCCAAUGAACUUUUGUGGGGCGAGCAGGGGAAUGACAUGGUGAAUGCAAGAGGUGUUAGGUGUACCAGCUAGAAGAAAGCUUUAAUACAUCUUAUUUUAACCUGUGUGUGAAUUAAGUUCAAAGUCAUGUGGCUGGAAAGGGUGAAACCGGCGGAAUUAAUGUUGUUCACCUGUGUGACUAACUGGAGAAAUGCUAAUGCCUUUUUACACAUAUCCUGAUGCAAGCUAUGGCUGCCCGCAAAGACACCAUGUAUUUCAGAAUGAUGCUGUUGUUGAUGUACUUUAAGAUUGAAUUUACUUGGCAACAUGACAAGUAGGUUUAAGUUAUGUCAAAAUUUACACCUGGACUUGGCUGUUGAAAAUCGCGCUGUAAUUUGACUCUGUCUCAGUAGUUUCGUGCAGCGUGCAGUCAGUACAUGAAUUUGCAUAUUCUAUGGCCCAGAGUAUAUGUCUGCUGUUUUCAGUUUAGAAAGGAGUGCAUAUUGAGAAUUUGACCCUUAUUCGAGAUUCUCAUGAAGUGGAACAACAUAACGUUCUUGCGGUGUGCAAAAACCAUUUGAGUGGUUUUUCCUCAUCUGUCAUUUAUUGCCAUAAUUUCCUUGCAUCUGUGUUAAGCUUCUGCGCAAAUGGUUGUUUGCAUCAUUGGAAUGCAUACCUAAAUCACUGCAGCAGUGCAGAUCACCAGUUACUGUAAUCUGAAAGCUGCUUUUACUUAGCUUUCUGGUCUAGUGUAUCUUGCAGUUUCAAUUUCUUUUGUCAUUGUCAGGGGUUAGUAUGCCUUCUGGCUUUAUCUGUACUCCAAGAUGUGCAUUGACACUCUUGAUCGCAAAAAUAAUUCUAGAUGCACAUUCGCUGAGCUAUUGAAGAGAACAAGCUUUUCCAAACAGCUCCUCUUGGAGCCUACAUGAAGCAUUGGAUUACUUUUGCAAAGGUUGUAUUGAUUUAUGAUCCCAAGCAGUUAUGACCAAGGCUGUGCUCUGCGUCGCAGCACACUUAACUAAUGAGACAGAGUGCAGGUUUACUGCUUUAGUUAUUGUGGUUAGACACAGUGUUAAAGAAUUGCUGAUUGGUUAACGUCAUGUCAGGUUGAAUCGAGAUUGUUUGAGGUUGUUUGAAGCAGGCUUGUUCUUUGUGCAUGUGAUCAAAAAUAGCACCCAUCUUACCAUGUUGCAAAUAUGAACAGUUACAUCGUACUCUGCCAUGCAAUAAAAGGCAGCGCUUUGAAAUGUGGUCCGUGUGCAUCCAUUCUUUCUCGUGACUAUAUAGAGUGAUAUCUCGCGUUGCUGUCUUGCAGGUUUUAACAAGCGCCGACGUUAAGACAGAACAAAAGAAGGCGAACGCAGGACAACUCGCAACUUAACUUUAUUUGAAACAGACGUAAAAGAAGCAAGGAAGGUGCACAGAUCGCCCUCUGCAUACACAAUGAGGAGUAUCACAGUCAUCUUGCAAUCCAGGAAUAAUAACCAAAUGACAGCAGUUUUUCUAGAAACUAGGCACGUAUGCAUAUCACUGAAAGAAGAGGUCCCCUUAGUUAGAAACAGUUUAUGUCACUGUAUUGAUGGCAGUAAAUAGCAGCCAACUAGAGGCAUUUGAAUAAUAAGUGUCCGAAAAGAUUUGAACAUCAACAUUAUUGAUUUAAAUGUCCUUGAGUACAUCAGUGCCUUUCACUACUGAAAGUCCUUGCAAGUAGACAUCUUAUAAAUGAGAAGGAAGCGAAAGAAGAUUGCAUACUCUACAGCCACAUGACAGUAUCACUAACUAAACAAAGUAAUCAUACAGUGUCACAUCCACAUAUAGUUCAGUUCACUGUAUCUUAGUGUAGGUAGUUUACUGUAUCAAAGCAUCAUAACAGAUCACCACAGCUUGCUUUAAUUGAAGGCUUAAAAUGACUGCCUAUGUAACCUAGCGGAGCAGUGUACAGCACUAGAACACCACAUAUCACUUCAGUGGUGAAAUAUGGUGAUAUUAUUGACAUUUUUUUAAUAUGUGGGAGUUUACUGACAUUUUUUUUAAUAUGUGGGAGUUACAAACCUGUAGACAACCCAAGGCUAAUGAACCCUCAGUUGCAAGACUAUAAGUUAUAAUUUAAGAGUUAACCAACUCUACAUGUUUUCACAGUAGCUGGUGUGUAUGUAAAGCAACAAAGCCUCACAGAGGAGCAACGUUUACAAGGAUGGCUUAUUAUUCCCAGAUGAAUUGGCCUGACACUUGAGACUAGAAAAGGCAAGCAUGCAGCUGCCACCUGAAAGGGUGUUUCUCCUUGAAGCCUCCAUUAACCGUAGUUAUUCCAUAGUAUUAGGCCUUAGUUAACAAUUUUAAAAAAUGUGAUUAAAAUUCUUAAUCUGAAUAUGAAAUGCACGAGAAGGGCUGUUUGAUUCAUAUUUUAAAUUUUGAAUAUCUGCAAAUGCCCACGCGAAAUGAAUUUGGCAUUCUGUGAGAAUUGCUUCUCGCUGAGUGUUGAUUUCCGAGCACCAUGGCUACGGCAGCCAUGUAGUUGCUGCAGCUUUGCCCGGUGAUGUGCAUCACGUUUAAUGUAUAAAAUGCUGUACAAAACCUGUAUGGGACAUCGUCGACGUGCCUAUACACGCAAUACUUGUAGUGUGCUGAGGCCAGUGACAAAAGUUGUACUGCGUGGUGAGUGCGCUAGAGUCUGCUGGCAUAUCAAAGUUUUGAAAGUUUUCAUCUUCAGAUUCUAGUAAUGUGUACAUUGACAGAGGCCUCUCUCUCUGUCUCUCUUUAUCAUUACGAAGGCAGAGGUCAGGUAUGAAGCAUUCUAAAAUACUGGCAGUAUUGAUUGUCGGUUGUGAAGGAAAGGCACAGUUUGCGGGGAGGAGUGGUCAUCCGCCGAAAUUAUCAGUGACAUGCACCCUGCACUACAAGCAAACAUGUAAAUUACUGCUUGUUAGCAUAUGGCCGCGCAUGUACCUUAAAAAAGUUGUAGCCUGUCUGCAUAGAUUAUUACCACUUGUGGAAUACUGCACUCGUCUUGUGACAUGUGUUCGACCACACAGCAUUAUAAAUAUGUCCUCGUGUUUCACAAAUGGUCUUCUGAAAAGAAAGGAAAGAAAUAGCCAAUAUAUGUGUUUACGAAGGUUCUGUUUGCCAAUACCUGUAAGACAACAGCUAAGUAGAAUAUGAUUGAUAUAGUUGCAAUAAUAGUUCUAUGUGCUUCAAUUGAGCUCAGUUUCACAAGCUCAACCACCAGAGCUGCUGCUCAUAUCUGUGUAUUCCAUAAACACUAAUGCAUGCUUGGACAGGCUGGAAUUUACUGGUACAGUUGAGCCUUAAUAUAAUGAACAUGGAUAUAAUGAAUUAUCUGACAUAAUAAAGUAAAUUUAAAAUGUUUCUUGCCAGUAUCAGCAUGUAAGGAAUACAUGCUUAAAAUCAAUAUUAGCUGUAACGAAUAUAUUUUCAUGUCAAAUGUUACUUUGUUAUAAUGAGUCUCAAAUGUAUGUCUUCAUGAACACAUCCAAGUGCCGUUGAGGAUAGCAGUGGAUUAGGUAUUUGCGGAAUAGAACUGCACAGGACAUGGAUACUUGGAGAUUGCUUGAAGAGGCCUUCAUUCUGCACUGGACAUAAAUAGGGUGACGAUGAUCCUUACUGUUUGGUUGAAUUCUUGUAGCACUGAGACUGACUUAACUGUUACCUCGGUGCACGCUCAUGCACAGUGGGCUCCAGUGCAACAUGUCACUGCUGUUGUGGCUGCUGCUUCUGCCGCUGCCGCUGCUAUUUUGGUGUGGCUGUGUGUGGCUACUGGCUGCGGUAUGAGCGCAUGCAUUCGCAACC